AUGGGACCUCUGCAAGCAUGUAUGGUGACAAUAAUUUUGGUAACUGUAUUAAAGACAACAGAAAGUUGUUCACCAAAGGAGUUCACACUUUAUGACCCAAACAAUCCAGAUGCCCAAGAAACUUGCAAAAGAUGUCAAACAUGUCCACCUGGACAAGGGCUCGAAAAACAAUGUGGAUCCAGAGUUCCAAAUGGAACAUCUACAGGAUGCAAGCCUUGUGUGUACAAUGAGACAUAUAGUGAGAAAAAUGACACUUCCUACUGUAAAUCUUGCAAUCAUUGUGGGUUUAAAAUUGAGCUACAGAAAUGCACCCCUUGGCAAAACAGUAUGUGUGCAGCUGCAUGUAGGUCAGGGUAUUACAUGGAUACUGUUGUUGAUGAAUGUAAAGUUGUACCUGAAAAUAAAACAGCUACUGCAAUCCUUGCUUCAAGAAAUUCAACCAAUGAGCCUUCAGGUAUGAUGGCAACUUCAGAUACAAAGUCUCCAGGUACUACUACAGCCACUGUCAACACAUCUGGAAUUACCGCUAGCAAUUCAACCUCAGCAGAUUCCAGCAUUAGGGUGAGGUCUACACCACUGGAAGACGAUCAAUCAACAGAUCAAGAUUCUAAAGAUUUCAAGAAAAUAGCAAUUAUUGUAGGAUGUACAUGUGGAGCAGCCUUCACCAUCAUCUUCAUUCUUGCUGCAUAUUUUGGGAUAAAGAAAUACAGAAGCAAAUCAAACAUCCACAACUUUGAUCAUCAUGAUAAAUCAGGUAAUAAUUAUGGAUUAAAGGUAGUUUUAAGUAAAUAAAAACAUCAAACCAGCUAAGAGCCAAGUUUCCAUACAUUAAAAAUUAAAAAAGAAAAAAAAUGCACUAAUUUCAUAAAAAAAAAUAUUGAUCAAUCAAUCAAGUUACCGCAAUAUGUCAAAUCAGUGAUUAACACUUAUUACAGUUAAACGCUAUGCAGUUUGUUUGACUUUCAAAUCAAUUUCUUACAGGUAACAAACUACAACUGAAAGAACAGCUUCCACCCGACAGACCACCUAGGAAAUAUUAUAGUCAAGGUAUUGAUAAAUAAAAAUAUAUAUAUAUAUACUGGAAGUACCAUUUUACCUUUAUAAUUUUCCUUGCUGGACAAAAAUAACACCACAUAAGAGGUAAUUAAUGAAUAUUUGUUGAGUGAGGUUACAUUAUACACUCAAGUGCCAAAAACUUGAAUAAUCAGCAAGCCAGAGGAAAAUUUUGAAUUACUGAUCACAUAAAACAGUUUAAAAACUGGACAACAAUAUUAAGGAUGAAAGCCUUCAGUUUCAGCUAGUGUAUCAGGAAAACAUUUUUGCUGCAACAAUAUGCCAGCAGAAACCGAGUUAACCUUGUUUAUUUUUUAAAUCAUUUUAUAAUUUUAAAAAUGCAAAAACAAAUACUGUGACCCAGGCUGAUUUUUAAUUGAUGAGUCUCAAAGUAGCAAGGAAACAAAAAAUAAAAAUGUCUUUUCAAUUUGUGAAUUCAGUUGAUUCACUUAAGUAUUAAACUGUGGCUGCAACAAUUAACAAAUAUUUAAUAAAUUUUUAUUACACUCUAGAUCUGUAUCACAGAACAUGACGACAGAUUAGUUAAUGUUUUCUUAAUUCCUGUGAGUUACAAUAUACUCUGUCUUAGUUUUUCCUUUCCCUGCUUUCUUGUUGCAUGAAAUAUUUCUUUUUUCUGGUAAACAGCUUGUGACAAAACAAGAACACCACUGCUUGGAGAUCAGAGUAAUACAAACUCCAAUGCCUCUUCAUCUGGUGAGCAUUAUAAGAAGUUUAAAGGAGCUGUGUCACGAAAUUCAGCCAAAUUAGGUUAUUGCAAAAUGCCCGUUAUAAAUUAAGAGAAACAUAAAAAUAACCGCUUAAAAUAGGUUAAAAUAACACAACAGAUACAACAGAUGCCAUGGAUGGGCAAAACUGAAGAAGAUUGAAACGGAUUGAAAUUAGGGAUUUUGAAAACUGUUCAGUCUAACAGUUUUUCAAAGUUUAUCUCUACUGUUGACAGCUUCAAAAAUAAUGCUCAGGGGACAUAUUUGUUUGUCUCUAGUCUCUGAUUUUGUAGCCUGCGAAAACAUCCAUUUCUCCUCGCUCUUCCCCGCUGGGGACGUUUCGCGAGCGGCGAAGAGUGAGGAGAAACGGAUGUUUUCGCAGGCUACUGAUUUUGUCAUUUACAUGUAAUUUCUUUGCCUACUUUAAGUUUCAUAGUGAGUUGAGGGCAAGUAAUUGGCAAAAUAAAACAAAAUGAACUGGAUUGCCGUGACACAACCCCUUUAAUUCAUUUUAAACCCUGCAACCAUCAAAUCAUGAAUAGUAUUUCUGGGUUUUUACUUUGAGUGAAGUGUUUUACAGGGGCACCCAAUGAUGGUUAAAUCCCUCGAAAUGCAUUGAAAACACUUUUUAGGCUAUCCAGAGUACUUUUAGAUAGCUAGAAAUGUAUUUUAAGCAACGCUAAAAAAUUUUUAUCUGUUCAGUCAUGCUAGGACAACUUGAGUCUUUUCAAAAUUACAAGGGCUGAAAAUUUUAGGUGCAAUUUAAAGUAUCACAAAAGUAAGAGUUUUCCUGAUUCCUCUCUCUAUUGCAUUUUCAAAUCUGAAAAUUUUAGGUUUCCUUUUUCUAUGAAAAAUAAUUCAACCUAGAGAGUGAAAUGCGCAAAAUUAAGCUUUAGAAAAUGGUAGGGAAUUUAUUAGAUAAGCUUAAAAACUUGUAAAUGAAUAGAGCGGUUAUCAAGAAAUUUUUUAGCCUUCCUCCAGCUAUAGAAAAUUCUAGGCAAUAUUUUGUUUUUCCGAACAGAUAUUUUACAGAAAACUGUCAGUGGGUACGUGUCCCUGGGUUUACUGACUAAUGAGGCCCCGUUGGGUUAAAAUUCCUGCAAGCUACAUGGCCUUGAAGACAGCAGCAACAGAAGACUAGAUGAAAUAGUGAAAACAAAAUAAAAAUGGUUUAAAUACGGACAAUUACAAGGCCUACUCAAACAAAACUUGCAAUUGUGUUUGAAAUUCAGACUAGGGACAUACGUACCCCCAUAAGAGGGCCUCACUAAAAAUCAGUAAAAAUCCUUCCCUUCCUCUGAUUAACACCGUUUCAUCUCGAGCUAUCUGACAAUAGAGAUCAUUUUUAUGUUUCCCUCUAGCAGCUAAUCCUUAUUAGUGUCUGUAACAAUCCAGUGGUGGAUCCAGGGGAGGGCCCCCUUUAUUUUUAGACCAAACUGAGCCCCCCCCCCCUACCUCAGGGUCUGGACGACUGCCCUGCCCCUCCCCCCCCCCACUCCCUCUUAUCUGAAGUGAAGGUCUGGAUCCGCCACUGCAAUCAGUCUAAACUGCUAGUGUAGUCCAGUAUCUAGCUUUUCAAGUGAUGUGUCUGGCUCACAGCUAGACAGGCACUACACUCCUUAAUAGUGGGAAAAAGGGCAAAUGUUAGGGAUGGGUUAAAAAAUGGGAAAUGGACCAAGGAACUGAGGAGGAGAAGGAGUGCCACCCUUUCCCCUCAUCUCACUCCCCAAUUAAAUUCACCUUGCUUUGCUCGCUGAAUUUUUUGUGCUGUUUACCUUGAUAUUUGCCUUUUUCUUCACUGGGGAGCCUGGUCCUGGACUUCCUGCACAAUGAGCUGGCAGCUAAAUCCUGGGAUUUGCCUGUUAGAAUAUACAGACUUUUUAUUAUUUGACUGGCUUCAUGACCCGGGGGGGUGGGGUACUUCCCUGGGUGGGAAGGUGCGGCACGGCCCCUCAAACCCUGACCCUGUUUAAGACAAAUAUCGCUGAUUUUUCUAACCUGUUUAAGACAGAAUUCCGAUUUUUGUUACCCUGUUUAAGACAUUUAAUUAACAUUAGAGCUUGUAAAAAUUUUGCUGUUUAUCGUCCAAGAAAAGAUAUCCUGUUUAGGACAAAAAUUGAUAAAUCGAUACCCUGAUUAAGACAAAAAAAGAUAAAUUCGAUACCCUGUUUAAGACAAAAAUCCCGAAAAACAUACCCUGGCUGGCCGCACGUCCCCAUUAAGCCCUUAUAAGGGAGUACCGGGCUUCAUGAGUAACUAUGGAAAGGCAAACCUAAUUCUGUGUUCGAAUUAACAAGUCAGCUACAAUUUUCCAUGGUCUGUACUCUUAGUAAUGACGUCAAAAUGCUCACAACUCAAGUGGAACCACAAGUCACAGGCGAGUGGUUUCACUGCAAUAAGAUUAGGAUUUUAUGGGGUUGCAAAAUGCAAACAUGGUCAAAGGUGUAGGCUGAGGGUUAAGCAUUUAAGCUAAACAUUCCUAGGUACGGAUGAAAAAGCUGUGCAAAUCAAAAAAUCAACUCUAGCCAGAAAUAGAAGCAAACUUUUGGAAGCCGAAAACUCGCUUUUCUUACAUUUUGAGUCAUUUUGGACAAGAAAACAGACCGUGACUCAAGCUACAAAAGUGCAAUUUCAAGAAACCCAAAUUGCGAAUACGGCUGUACUGUGCUCCCACUCUAUAGACAGUAGAUAGACAGUAGGUAUAAACGUGUUCCUUUUUAAGGUCCUGUAGUGUUAAAUAAAACAAUAUCAAUACUCACAUAUUUACCAUAAUUGUUGGUUCGUCCUACUGUAGCCGCCAUGUAACGCAAAAUAGUGCGUGUGUAACACGUGAUUAAGUUGCGUCGAGAACAGGGGAGGGGAGUCCAGGGGACUCGCCGCAAGGAAACGUGGCGGGAGCCGCGUAAAUCGGCUCUUGCAUACGCAGGUGUUCAUUGAAACUCUUCGAUAUUUCUGUGUAAUUCCAUUUUAACUGAAGAAACCUCGCUGUAGUCUGUUUUUAAAGUCACACAACUGAGGUGAUUUCUUUCAGGUUCCCUUUUUAUUUCCACCACAAAACUGACACAUACAACUUUCUUUUCACUACAUUUCUUCCUUCGCAGAAACCCUGCAAGACAAGGUAACCAGUGAAGUAUGUGCUCAUAAAAAUGGCGAGCUAGAUGUUCAACAAAUACCAGAAGGUAUACCGAAAUUUAGCAGUUAUUGAGAUUCGACGUCCUCAUUAUUCAUUUUGAUUUUUAACUUUUCUUUUGAGUUUUGGAUUGCUUAGAGGUAAUCAUGAUUGCUCACGGCACAAUGUAGGACAUAUAUGCUGAAGUCCUUGUAUAAAAUGCGCCUCGGUUAAGUUAAUGCUUCUGAUAACCUUGCAGCUGUGCUGCUCGAGGUGAUUUCAACCCUUGACUGAGUGAAGGGGAACCGACAGCGCUCUCUGACCUACCUACUCGGCUUUCGUCGCUUAAAAAAAAGUCGACUUGUGGACCUUGGAUUAGGUCUACUGAGAAGCCCUCACCCAGAUACUGUUUGCUUCUUUGCGUCCAAAAAUGUCAGUGGUGGACACGGUACAACUAAGCCAGUGAUGCAACCAGGAUAGUUUUGACGCCUCGUCCACACGUAUCCAGAUAUUUGGGAAAACAGAUAUUUUUCCAGUCAUUUGCAAGACUCUGAAGCCAGCCUUUCGAAAUGUUAGCAAAAAAUAUAUAUAUACUCCCAACUGACAAAUCAGCCUUGCUUCUUUCUGUUGUUCGGAUAUUUUCACUCCGUUUUCCAAAAAGUAUGUAUCCAUACUUAACGUACUCAAAUUGUUUUCGUCCAUUUUGAAGAAACGCAAAAACGAGAGAGAGCCCCGGUAUGACGUAUGACAUCAUCGUUCGUCCACAUGCACGAAACGGCAAUCAAGCGUUUUCAAAAACCUGCGAUUUUGGUGCCCGAAAACGCCGUUUGCAUGGAUACGGAAGGCUAAAAAGAAGAAAAAAAAAUUCUUAAAAAAAAGAGUGUGAUAGGGCCUAAUUUACUGUAAUAGAGUCUGCGGACCUUGUGGUCCCUGCCCAGGAAAUGGCAAAGUCACCCACAUCAUGUCUUGGAGCGAUUUUCGAAUUACCUUGAAAUGAAAACGCGCGAACAAAACAGAAACAAACAAACGGAAAUAGAGCGAUUUGAUUGGUUUAUCGAACGGAUACAAACGCGCGAAAUCAAUCGAUACUUUCGCUUUGACGGCAUACCGCAAAACGAUUGGCCAAUCGAACAAUGCCAUCUCCAUAGCGCGAUUUUCGUGUGACCUUGAAAUGAAAAAGCGCGAACAAAACAGGAACAAUGAACGAACGGAAAUAGAGCAAUUUGAUUGGUUUAUCGAACGGAUACAAACGUGCGUGGCUUUUGGUUGGUUAAGCGAACGCUCGGGUGAAAAAACUUCAUGCCCGAGAAAUUUCUAGAAAUCAUGCGAUACUUUGCUUUGACGUCAUACUGCAACGCGAUUGGCCAAUCGCACAGUGCCUUCCCCUUAUUAGGGUUUUCUUUAGCGGGAAAACGAAGAGAGAGAAAUCUUUUCACCCACUGGCUGACAAAGCAAAUAACGAAUACUUCGCGAAAUCAUUUUUCAAGGUCAUACGAAAGUCGCUCUAUUAGGGUUUUCUUUGGCUGGAAAACGAAGAGGUCAUGUUUUGAUCUUUUUAUCAGUUGGCUUAUAAAACAAAUAACGAAUACUUUAAUACGGAAGCCAUUUUUCAAGGUCAUAGGAAAAUCGCUCUUGAGAUCACGAAAGCGAGACGAAAGCCUCGCCCUAUGUAAGGAUAUCCUAGACAAUGUUGGUUUCUGGAUACCACACCAGGUAGUGGAUUCCGGAUUCUUUGUCAGUGGAACUUGUAUGAUCCGGAUACCAAUCGUUAGUGGUAUCCGUAUUAUUGCUAGAGCUGUAUUCCGGAUUCAAAGCCCAAGAUUCCAGAUACCACAAGCGAAAAGCCUGAACUCAGGUUACCCAAAUAGUGAAGUCACGCCAUUUCAUAGCUCUUAUGACACCAAGUUUUCCCUUUGUAAAGUCUUUCUCACAUUCAUUACUACCCUUUUCGCGAGUAUUAAAUUUCGCGAAGAAUGAGCCAUUAAUUCGCGACUUUUAGGGUUUCCACUUUGGAUUUCGCGAGUAACAAACUUCGCGAUUUUUCCCAAAUCGCGAAAUUUAUAAGUGAGAAUAAGGCACUGAACUGCUUGGCUUUUCUGUGUUUUUCUUUCAGAUCUCCGUAUCUCGGCUAUGGAAAAGUUAAGAGAUCAUGAUAAGCAAUUGAUGUUAUUCUACGUCCAAGACAAAAUGGACUUUCCCGAGACAAUUCAAGUUAAAACGUGGUACAGCGUUGGACUGGCGUUAAACGCGGAUACUGGAGUAUUGAAUAGCAUUGAAACAUGCUAUCGAUCAAACCAAAGUCCAACGCAUUCUCUUAUUUCCUAUUUUAAGACUCUAGGUGAAAAAGAACCUAGUAUGAGAGAUUUUGUGGACGCAUUACGCCAGUGUAAGAGACACGACGUGGCCUAUAAAAUUUGCCAUUGGCCUUGCUGGCAACUUAAUGACUAA